UGCCGGGUAGUGGAGGUCAGGCAUGCUCUUGAAACACCCACUGCGAAAUGCCGUGGAAGUGCCAAAAGGAGAGUGAUUAGCGUUAAUUCACAGAGAGACCUUUCCCGAACUACUUUCUCUUAAAUGCCAUUUCUGCCGAGCGGAGGAGUCGCCAGUUUAGAAGAAACGAGACGAAAACCGCCGAGGAGGCGCGCAGAAGCACGGCCCGUCCGUUUUGUCCUACAAAGGCGCCGAGACUUUGACAGCGGCAGCACUGCAACUGCGCAGGCCUGACAUUAGAUAAACUGCUGGAGGACGGCAUCCACACGACUAGAUGAAAGAGUAAAGGCUCCAGUUUGUGGAUAAAGAAGCGAGCUCCAACAUGAGGAAGGACGUGAGGAUAUUACUAGUGGGGGAACCCAAGGUGGGGAAGACGUCGCUGAUCAUGUCUCUGGUCAGCGAGGAGUUUCCUGAUGAGGUUCCCCUGCGGGCUGAGGAGAUCACGAUCCCAGCAGACGUCACCCCUGAGAGGGUCCCAACACACAUCGUGGACUACUCAGAGGCAGAGCAGUCAGACGAGCAGCUGUAUCAAGAAAUAUCAAAGGCAAAUGUCAUCUGCAUAGUGUACUCGGUCAACAACAAGAAAUCCAUUGAGAAGGUGACAAGCCAUUGGAUUCCCCUCAUAAAUGACAGGACGGACAAGGACAGCAGGGUGCCUUUGAUCCUGGUGGGGAACAAGUCAGACUUGGUGGAACACAGCAGCAUGGAGACAAUCCUGCCCAUCAUGAACCAAUACCAGGACAUCGAGACCUGUGUAGAGUGCUCUGCCAAAAACCUGAAGAACAUCUCCGAGCUUUUCUACUAUGCCCAAAAGGCGGUUCUCCAUCCUACAGGACCCCUCUACUGCCCAGAGGAGAAGGAGAUGAAGUCCUCCUGCAUCAAGGCUUUAACUAGAAUCUUUAAAGUGUCUGACCUGGAUAAUGAUGGCAUCCUCAACGACAAUGAACUCAAUUUCUUCCAGAGAACGUGUUUUAAUACACCACUGGCGCCUCAGGCCUUAGAGGAUGUGAAGAAUGUGGUCAGGAGGAACAUGACAGAUGGAGUCAAGGACAACGGACUCACACUCAAAGGCUUCCUGUUCCUGCACACCCUCUUCAUCCAGAGGGGCCGACACGAGACCACCUGGACUGUGUUGAGGAGGUUUGGGUACGACGACGACCUGGAGCUCACACAGGAAUACCUGUUUCCCCUGAUAAAGAUCCCUCCAGACUGCACCACAGAGCUCAACCACAACGCUUACCUCUUCCUGCAGAGUGUCUUCGACAAACACGACAAAGACAGGGACUGUGCGCUGUCACCAGAGGAGGUGAAGGACCUGUUCAAGGUCUUUCCCUACAUGCCCUGGGGCCCAGAUGUCAACAACACAGUGUGCACCAAUGAUCAGGGCUGGAUCACAUACCAGGGAUACCUCUCCCAGUGGACGUUAACAACAUACCUAGACGUACAGCGUAGUUUGGAGUACCUCGGUUACCUGGGCUACUCUAUCAUCUAUGAGCAGGAGUCCCAAGCAGCUGCCAUCACAGUGACACGCAACAAGCGCAUCGACCUGCAGAAGAAACAGACCCAGCGCAGCGUCUUCCGUUGUAACAUCUUGGGAGCCCGGGGCUCCGGGAAGAGCGGCUUCCUCCAAGCUUUCCUGGGCAGGAACCUGCAGCGACAGAGGAAGAUCAGAGAAGACCACAAGUCUUUCUACGCCAUCAGCACAACCUACGUGUACGGGCAGGAGAAAUACCUUCUGCUCCAUGAGGUGAUGCCAGAUUUCGACUUCCUGUCUGAGGCGGACCUGGCAUGUGACGUGGUCUGCCUGGUGUACGACGUCAACAACCCCAGCUCUUUUGAAUACUGCGCCCGGGUCUACAAGCAAUACUUCAUCGACAGCAAGACGCCGUGCAUGCUGAUAGCUGCCAAGUCGGACCUGCAUGAAGUGCGGCAGCAGUACAGCCUCUCGCCACUGGAGUUCUGCCGCAAGCACAAGUUCCACCCGCCCCAGCCCUUCACCUGCAACACAACUGACGCACCCAACAAGGACAUCUACACCAGACUCACCACUAUGGCCAUGUACCCCCACACCCGUCUCCGCUGCAUGUGUGCCUGCAACAGGUGCACCUAUUGCCUGUGUCAGAAAAUCCUCAAGUUGGAGCUGCUGCGCAGUAUUAAGGCCCAACUCCACAGGGUCGUUUUCAACAGGUGUUCACACAGCUGUUUUUGGCUGCCCCUCUUUCUCUUCCUCUUGCAUGUGUUCACCCUGUGCUGAUCCACCUCUUGUUUCGUCUGCAUGCCUCAUCUGUUUCUAACUCUUCACCCUCCGGCUAAGGAACGCCUCGGUCCUUAGUGAAAUACCACCAUCUGCUGGCAUUGGGGAAUAAGUGUCUCCUCCACACAUCACGAUACAGAAGAUUAGUGCCUGAUCUUUUUCACAACAUGGGGAAAAUUUAUUGAACCUCUGUGCAGGGAUUGAAUGGCUGUUAAUGGUGGAUAUUGUGCUUGGGGUGUAGUGUGUUAUGUGAUUGCUGGUUUUGAUCUAUUACAGUGUAUUGAGCCGUGAUUAUUAGGCCAGCAGCGGCCUGAUAGACAGCAGGGGUUCAGGAUGGAUGUGUAUUCAUGGACCCAGGCAGACCUAGAUAGCGUUGUGUCUAAUAUUAACUCUUUUGGUGAGUUGUUGGGAGUUUCUGAUACCAUUAACAGCAUGUCACUAAACGAGUUAGCCCUGGCUUAGGCACUGGAAGGGGCCAACACACCACAUUGACUUCUGAGUCUGUUUUCCCCAAUGUGGGUUUAGCUAUUUAUGUUACGCAAAUUUAUGUUUGGGCAUCAAUCUGACAUGCUUAUCCAGAUCAGCUUGUGAGAUUUUUUUUUUUUUUUUUUUGAAGAAAGCCACUGGCAAGAAAUGUAGAUUAAGAGUCUCUUUUGACUCAUUUUGGUUUACACUUUGAUUUGAAUUUCCUUGUAGCUCACAUCCAAAAAUCUUCAUUAAUGGGCAAUCUUGGUUCCUCACCCUGUUUUACUAAAGCUAAACAGACUGCGCAGACCUACAGUUUUAAGACCUUUAAUCCAAAAGCCAGUUUAUGGUAACAGUGCUGUGGCUUGUAAAUUACUGAUGUGAAACAAGCUCUGUCAAAUACACAAGGAUGUGACAAACAACACAGAAAGACGGCAAAAAAAAAUAGACAAACAACUGGAGACAGAUUGGAGUUGUAUGUCCAAAGAAACUCGAAACCCAAGGGGGGAAAAGGCAACUUUGAAAAUAGUCUUUACCUGGUCACCAUGGCAACUGCUACACCAUCUGACCAGCCUUCACAUUUGGCUGCCAUGGAGUUGGUAUAGUCUACAUAUGUGGUGUGUAUGACCUUUCACUGUGUGUCGUGUGCAUUGUUGUUUGACCAGGUGUGGUUACUGUCGUGGUUUGAGUUUGUGCCAUUCGACUCUGGGUGAAGGCUGAAGUUUCCUACUCUGUGUGUGGGUGUGUGUGUGGUUAUGUGUGGGUGUGUAAGGCUGCUGGGUUGGGUGGAGGGUGUGGGGUCUCAUCUGCUGGCUGAGGAGGAAAGCAGCCUGAUGCAGCAGGUUACAGCCGUCUCCAACGUGGAAGAGUCCAUCUAUAUGGAGGCCUCUGCUGAACAGCUGAUGGCCUCAGACAGGUAAAAGCAGAAACAGCGUCUGCAGGGGGAAAGGUGUGUGUAAGCGUGCACGUUUGUAUGCGGAUGGGCCAGUGAGCAUGGCUGUUUACGACACAGUGACGCAGUGUUUGCUGCUUUUGGGAAAGUACAACGUCACAGCUCAAAAUCGUGUUGUUUUCCAGUCUGUACCUACUUCAUUCGUUUUGGAGCCGGACACUCCUAAUGAGGCUCCCAUUCUUGCAUCAUGAAAGGAUGUAAACUUAGAGGACAUAUUACACUCGCAUACAGCAGCAAAUAUGAAUGUAUGGUUAUGAAUCCGAACAACCACUUUGAAACUCAUUUAACAUCCAAGGAAACUGACUUACCAUCAUAAAACUCUGUGAAAAGUUGAAACUAAAUCAUUUUUCACACUGAUUGGCCAAAUGUGGGUGUGGGGGUGGGCAUGAUUAACUUUUGGUGAAAAUUUGGAACUGGCAUAUUUUUACAAUUGCAUAGUGUUUGGGAUGAUAUGUGCUCUGCCGAGUGUUUUAUAGUAUUUUCUUGUUUUUUUGUUUUUCAUUGUUUUUUCGCCUCCCUUCCCUGAGGACCAAAGGAUGGCUGUGCCCGUCCACUAAACUUCAAGGCAACAUAUCUUGUGUUGGCAGGUUACCAUGAAAUUUGAUGAGAACUCUCAUGUUCCCCAGAGGAGGAAGCCUGCCACCUAUGAUGACCUUAUGACCUUUUCCUGUAGCGCCACCCUCGGGCCAAAAUGUAAAAUGUAUUCCCCAACAUGCAUCAAGCCAACUGGGCACUUGUGGUUUAGGGUUGUGGAGACAGACUCAUUGUUGUCCCUGUGUUUAAGGAUGGCUAGAUGGAGUUACUGUUGUAGGUCAGUUUGUCUUUCCAGAGAAGGGGACAGGGUUGACCUGUGUUGGAGGAAGAGGUGUUUCAGAUUUUUCUGCUGAUCUUACCACAGUACUCAUCUAAUGUGUGUUGUAGACCCUAAAGAAGACCAACUGGGCUCAGCUUACAUGCUGGGUCGCUGGUUCAGUCUGUACGUCUGCCUGUGCAUGUUGAUUCGUUGUAAAAGUGUUGGAAGUAUUUAAUUUUCCAGGCACAAGUGGCCUUUCAAACUGUCAGCUUGGUGUCAAGAGCUAGAGACAAUUUUCACUCUUUUUUUCUCCUUUGCUUUCUCCUUCAUUGGCAUUUUCACAAUCUUUACUUCAUCACUGUUCCCUGCUGUUUCUGCUUCUGACAAACGCAGCUGGAUUUGUACUAGGUUUGCAUGAGACUGCAGGAAACAUUUUGAACAAGAAGCGCAGGUGCAGUUUGAAAUGUUUCCUCUAAUUUCAUGCCUCACGUUGCUUCUUAGAACGGCCCCCGUGCUGCUUCUCCUAGUUUCAUCACCUUUUCUUCUCCUCACCCAACUGCUCUAUUGCUUUCCUGUCCUUUGACCCUGUUCCCUAAGCCAAAUGACAAAAGAAAUCCUGCGUUCCUGGCCCCUGCUGGUAUCACAACUCAAUACUGCUGCGAUGCCGGAGCAGCAGGGCAUCACAGUCUGGGGGAAAAUCAAUCAAUCAAUCAAGUUUGUUUGUCUCAUCUAAUCAUGAGAUACAACCACAGAGAAAUGUAAUUGUGUCAGUUCACUUCAUUUAUGCAUUAAAGGAAUACGUUUUGGAUAAAAUAUCCUUUUUCCAACUUAACCAGACUGAGACAAGAUGUUUGAUACCAUUUUCACCUCUGCACAUUCAGUGGUUCGGUUUCUAUGAGUA